AUGCCCUCUUUCAGCUAUCAUAAUGAGUCUCACACGUCGGCAGAUUGCACAGCAGGCAAGACUCUGAACUGGGAAAUGAGGACAUACCAGGUCCUUCAAGACGGGAAGUUGGACAGCGUUCCAGGUGCGAUCAGGAACGAAUUGACUCACAUUGCCGUGCUCGACAGGAAUACACUGAUGGGACCUCUGCUCAUCAAUUGGGCCGCUGUGAGGUCCCAUGCCCAAAAUGUGGAACAUGCUAUCAACAUCGCAGCAGGAGGGGAACGCUCAUCCUUGGCUAAUCCCCUGUUCUCUGGCUGUUGCUCAAAUGGGGCGGUGCAGCUCCCACUUCCAUUGGACCCUCCACUUGAACUUCGAGAUCUCUUAACAGAUCAAACACAUCAAGGUAAGCUGCGACGGGAGCAGCUCCGAAAUUAUAAUAAUUCUCUUGCUUUCACCUCAAUGGGUGUUGAUAAGCAAGACAUGCGAGUUUGGGGACCUCAAGGGAUAUACACCUUUCGUAUUGGCGGACGAGCAUACCACCAAAUUGGGGCAUUACUUCCUGAAGCUGGAGAACAUCCCCGAUUUGCUCAAGUUUUCCUGGCGGGUCUGUCUGAAGCAGAACAGGCUGCUCAGCGGAACAUUCACAUCCGAGGGAGAGGUGAAGAGGGUGUUCUAACCCGCCUGGCUCAGAUGAUAGAAAGGGUGAACCCAUACUAUGCUGCUUUCAAGACUUUUCGUGACCUUUAUUUGCGAGGCGGUGGGGUUCGCAACAUUAGUGAACUCCACUCAGCAUAUCUUCCGCUGCACUUCACUCUUAUAUACCCACACGGAGAGCCGGGAUGGCAUCCAAGGAUCCCUUUGGCUGGGCAACCACUGGGAGAUGAUGACGAGAUUGGUGAGGGGGAAGAUAUUGAGGAUGGAAAUGCUGGAGAUGGUGGAUUGGUAGCUGAAGUAAGACACUAUGGGCGUGGAGGAUCUAAGCGAGUGACUCAAGCACAAUUUGCAACCUAUUAUCUCUUCAAACGAUCGGGCAAUUUCAACACCGCACUCUAUUGUGGACGACUCUUUCAGGAGCUAUUGGUGGAUCAGUGGGCCCAGACCGAAUCAAACCGUCUGUGA